AUGCGUGCCCCUCUCCUUCUCCUUCUUCUCUUUGCCACCUCAUCAUUAUGCUUCAAAAUUCUGGUCAGUGUUCCGAAGUUCGGUUACAGUCACAUGAAGACAAUGGGCAAGUUGGCAGAUAUUCUAGUGGAGAGUGGGCAUGAUGUGACCUUUUUGAUGCCAGUCGAUGUACCGAUCCCUCAAAAUGGAACUGAACUUGCAAAGGUCGUUUUGGUGCCGCCAACCGAUGAAGUCUCCCAAAUCAUGGAGACCUCCAUGAAAAGUGGAGCCGUCGCAAACCUCUGGACUCACUCCGCCAACUCGAAACAAGGAAUUAUGUGGUCAACUGAUAUGAUUGGCGCCGUUUCAUAUCAUAACACCAAAAGUAUGAUCAACAACAAGGCACUUGUUCAACAAAUGAAAGAUGAGAAAUUCGACAUUGGAAUCACUGAACUCUUUGAUUUCUCUGGCUUGGCAUUUUUUGAAGUCAUCGGUCUCAAAAACGUCAUCGGAGCUCAUACGACAAGUGUUUUCGAGGGGACUCUCAUGGCUACUGGUGCCCCGAUUCUUCCUUCUUUUGUACCCGGAUCUCAGACUUUUACCGAUGAUAGUGGAUCUAUUUUAUCUCGACUCAACAAUCUAUACAUGACAUAUUGGUCCUAUGAAUUCCAGAAUAAAAUUCAAGGAUUCGCUCAAAAAGCGCUAGAUGAACAUUACGGAAAGGCGAAGAGUCCGAAGAUUUGGAAUCUUGUCAAAGACAUCACUUGGUUCUUCGUAAACUCUGAUCCAAUCUUCGAUUUUCCCAAACCACUCCCACCGAAUAUAAUCGAAAUUGCUGGAAUUUCUGUAUCAAAAAUCCAUCCACUGGACAAGGAAUGGGAUGAGAUUCUCAACAAACGAUCGAAAAAUGUUCUUGUUUGUUUCGGAUCAAUCGCUUCGCCGACGACGAUGCCAGAAUCUGUGAAGAAGAGUAUCGUGGACACUUUUGCUGCAUUCCCCGACGUCACUUUCAUCUGGAAAUAUGAAGAUACUGAAUCUGGACUGACCGCUCAUCUCAACAAUGUUGAUAUAGUCAAGUGGAUGCCUCAAAAUGAUCUUUUGGCCGACAAACGAGUUUCACUAUUCUGGACUCACGGAGGAAUGGCAAGUCUAAUGGAAAGUGCUCAAAAGGGAGUUCCACUCAUCGUCGUUCCCAUAUUCGGAGAUCAAAUGAGAAAUGCACAAAUAGCGAAAAGACAUGGAGGAGCUGUGAUUUAUGAUAAAAUGGAGUUAGGCAAUUCGAAGAAAUUAAUUGGAGUUCUGAAAGAAGUGCUCGAAAAUCCAGAAUACAAAAAAUCAGCUGAUCUUCUCGCCCAGAUUCUUGCCACGGAUCGAGUGUCGCCUAAACAGAAAAUAAUUGAUACCAUUGAGUUGGCUGGAAGAUUUGGACAAAUGCCACGUUGGACUUCUGCUGGAAAAGAGUUUUCAAUGCUGAAAUAUUUCAAUUUAGAUCUGGUUCUUCUUUUCAUUUUUAUUGUUUUUUCUGUGGUACUUUCGGUCUUUUUAUUGAUUAGAAGGGUUCUUGUGAAGCUUGGUUUCUCUGGAAAAAAGGAGAAAUCGGAGUGA